AUGGCCGAGUCAUCUGCACCGGGGGGUUACCCCAUCCCCAUCACCGUUGAGUUUACGUACGAGUCCUUCCCUCUGUUUGACAAGCGGCGACUGACAAUUGAAAUCAGUGGUGGUCUGGAACUACUUUUCGGUAAUGAACGCAAGCACAAGGUAGUUCUGCCUGCUCAGUUGGAAAAUGGCAGCUCUCCGAAUAUCUCAUUCCUGCUUGGAUACCUCGUCGACAAUCUCAUGCAGGAUGAGCGGAAAGAUAUGUUUAUCAUGGAAGACAGCGUACGACCAGGCGUCCUUGUCCUCAUCAAUGAUGCCGACUGGGAAUUAGAAGGCGAAGAUGCAUACGAGCUUCAAGCAGGAGAUACCAUCGUAUUUGUGUCUACUCUGCACGGCGGUUAA